UUCGGAGAUGUCUUCAAAGGUUCUCCGCUAAACGUUCUGGGUAGUUUUGGACAACAGCAAUGCCCUCAGGUGCCCGGACCCUGUAAUAACGGCAAAUACCGAACAUUUGACGGAUCUUGCAAUAAUCUGCACAACCCAACAUGGGGCAUGGCCAUGACAACAUACAACCGCGUGAAGCCAGCCAAGUACGCUGAUGGCAUCCAGGUGCCGCCCACCUCCGUGACGGGCAAGCAGUUGCCGCCCUCGCGCCUCGUCAGCCACGUGCUCUUCCCGGACGCCGAAAUCAACGACCCCAAGUGGACGCUGGCCGCUAUGCAGUGGGGGCAGAUCAUCACUCACGACAUGUCGAUGGCGGCCGGCACCACGCAAGCCAAGGCGCACGCCACCCGUUGCUGCACGGCCGACGGGAGCGUCGCCAUUCCCAAGCAAUACGCCGCCCCCUCGUGUUUCCCGAUUAUCCUCGGCCCACACGACCCAGUCUACAGUAAAGUCGGCCAGCAGUGCAUGAACUUCGUGCGUACCACCACAGACAUCUCAUCGGGCUGCGCGAAGAACUUCAAGCCAGCUGAACAACUGCGCGAGGGCCGCAAGGGCCGACUGAUCACCGAGAUCCGCCACGGCAAGAUCUACCCGCCAUCCGCGCCCAACAAGACCGCAGCCUGCGACCACAUGGCCGAGGACGAGCCGUGCUACCUCGCCGGCUGGGAGAACACCAGACGCCAUGGACUUACGUACGGGACUCACGGUUAUACCAACGAUUACGACCCUCAUGUUGAUCCCAGCGUCCUGAAUGGUCACGCUACGGCUGCUUUCCGAUAUUUCCAUUCAGCCAUCCAAGGAUUCCUCAAAUUGGUUGGAGAACACCGAGAAAGUUAUGAAGCACUGCGUCUCAGUGAUCACUUUAACCGGCCCGAAGUUAUUGAACAAGGCGACAACAUGGAUAAGUUGAUCCGAGGUUUGGCAACUCAGCCGCAACAAGCAGUUGACCAAUACUUCACAAGUGAAAUCACGAAGUUCCUUUUCCGAAACGGUAGGCCUUUUGGUCAAGAUUUGCGAGCUAUUGACAUUCAACGCGGUCGAGAUCAUGGCCUUGCUUCAUACAACGACUAUCGACAUUUCUGUGGGCUUCCCAAGGCCCGCAGUUUCGAGGAUUUUGGAGAUUACAUCAGCAGAGAGAAUGUGGCAAAGCUUGCCAAACUCUAUGCUCAUCCAGAUGAUGUUGAUUUCACUGUUGGAGGAUCCUUAGAAGCUCAUGUGGAAGGUACCCUAUCUGGACCUACUUUCUUAUGUGUUUUAGUAGAACAGUUUUACCGCACUAGAGUUGGUGACAGAUACUUUUAUGAAAAUGGAGAAAAACAUCACUCUUUCUCCUUGGAACAACUCAAUGAAAUCAGGAAGGCAAGUAUAUCAAGAUUAUUUUGCGACAAUGGUGAUGAAAUAUAUUCCAUGCAGCCAAAAGGUUUUAAGAAGUUAUCUCCUGGCAAUCAAAUUGUUCCUUGUCAUGACUACGAUUCCAUUCCUGUGGUCAACUUGGAGUUGUGGAGAGAUUCUCACACACAUCAUUUUGAUUACAAGAAAUAGAAAAUUAAUGAGAUUUUGUAUGAACUUCUUUUGACUACUGUGUGCUAAUAGAGAUGUAAAUUACAAGUGAUGAAGAAACUUGAUGGCCAAAAUGCUCCUAAUGUUGUUAAUUGAGAUAAAUAAAUUAAGUUAAUGUAUUAGUAUUAUUAGUACUUUAGUUGACAGACUAGACUUAUUUAUAAAUAGACUUAUGAAAAUUCAUUCCAGUUACUAUGUGAAUGUGUCACACCUUUUUAUAAACUUAUUUUUAAACAUUCUUUUGUUAUUGUUUUUUAAGAACAUUAAAAGUUCUGAGUUGACCUUUAAAUGCAUAAGAACUGUGUUGUUAUUUAUAUUAUUGACUGAAUAAAGUAAUAAUUCAAAAAAACUUUGUGUCCUAAUUGUUUCUUAGAUCCUAAAAUAAAAGAUCGGAUUUACUGAAUACAUAUUUACAUAUAUAAUACUUGUCAAGCAUACACAUCAUUUACAAAAAUGUGAAAAAUAUUAAAAAAUAUAACAAACAAUGAAUAUUACAAAUAUACAUAUAGAGAUUCUUGACAUAAUAAAAUCUUCAUUUAUAAAAUUAUAAACAAGUUAAUUCAGAUGUGCACAUUAACCAGUGUGCAAGAAUAUGACAAAAAUUUAACUUUGACAAUUUAUAAUCAUACAAAAUUGCCUAAGUAAAAGGCACCAAUAAAAGGCAUUAAACAUUUUGUUCACAAUAAUUUACACAUUACCUUCUUAUUACCUGAUCGAAAAAGAAACCUGUGCAAAGGCAUCACAGAAUACUUAAGAUCAAUAGUUUAAAUAACUGUAUUUCGAGCAUUCUGUGCAUUAGGAAAGUAUCUUUCAACACUCCCAAAAAAGCUCACAAAUUUCUCUUGAAUAACUCGUAAAUAAGAGGAUCGUGAGGUUGAAAUUGACAAUCUCUCAAGAAAUGGUCUUCUAAACAAUCGAUGAGCCUCAUUUUUCUGAUCUUCAGUUACUGCUCUAUCAUCGAGAUGUAUCAAAUUAGGAAACCAUGAUAUGACAAACAACCUGUAUUGUAAGUAUUCAUAGAAAGUACCUCCAUUUAAAUAACUGGGAGCUGCAGCAUUGCCCAUCAGACUCAAGUAUUUUAAAUUUGGUACACUAUUAUUCAAGUUACGAAUAAAAGGAAAAAGAUCUUUGAUUUUAUUGUGAUUUAACCAUAGCAAUUUGAGACUUGGCAGGCUUGGAAAUUGCACAUUUGAAUCAACUUCAUUAUGAUCCAGUAUUAAGGAAGACAAAUUUUCAAAGUGACAAAGAAAAUCCAAGCAUCUGAACUUGUUAUGACUCAGGUCAAGUAUACGGACAAAACUUCCAAAGUUGUAUACUAGAUUCUGUGGCAUCUCUUCCAAAUUCUCAUACGCUAAAGUUAAUCUCUGAUCUUCUGCCGUCAAAUACGAAUCAUCGUCACCAGUCCGCUGAUCAAUGAAAACUAAUUUUCCCAAAGACGUCAUUAUGGACGUAUUAUUUUCAGCCGUAAUUUGGAUUGAAAUAAGAGACAAAAAAAUUGUGUAAUUUUUAGCUCAUACAAAUUCAUAAAUUUAAAAGGCUUCAAAUGUAAUAGCACAUAAUUUCAAAACUGAAAGUAUGAAAUAGCAAAUUGAUGAUUCCUUGUGAUUUUCAUGUUGUAUUCAAACGCUAAGAACACGACAGUACGAUAAUCAGCUGACUUGUCAAACCAGCUGACAGCGCUUAUGCUGAGG